GCUACAGACUGAAGAUUUUCUUCAGAGAAACUAAGAAGACACAACAAUGAAUCAUUGUGUUGAGCUUCAGCUCUGAGUGCACGACAAACUUUGUUUUAGUUUGUUUUUUUUAAAUUUAUCUUUCUUUAUUUUAUUUCUUGCACUUUGUGUGUUUGUGAAUCUCCGCACUUCGUGUUCGCCGCGGCUGUGUCAUCAUGCGGAGUGUCCCUGCCGCGCUGCUCCUGUUGUCGCUACUCAAAGUGUCUGUCUGUAUUCAGGUGAACGUUCCCCAGCAGAAGCGCUCCACAGCUCUUUUCGCCUCAGUGAUCCUCCGCUGUGAUUACAGUACGUCUGCGAACCCCCAAGAUGUUCUGCUCACCUGGAGGUUCAAGUCCUUCUGCAAGGAUCCCGUGCUGGAGUACUACUCCACAUCGUAUCAGUCCGCUCUGCAGUUGGGACAGGACCCGGCCAACGAUUGCCCAGAUCGAGAGCGAACUGUGCGCACCGUGAUCCAGAAGAGAGGAACCAACGAGCCGAUUCUGGGAGCAGAAUAUCGCCAGCGCAAAAUCACCAUCCAAAACAAUGCUGACCUGGUGAUCAAUGAGGUGAUGUGGUGGGACAAUGGGAUGUACUACUGCGCCGUGGACGCUGCUGGAGACACCAGUGGAGACUCUGACAAAGAAAUCGAACUCAUCGUCUACCACUGGCUGACGGUGUUGUUCAUCGUCAUUGGCGCCCUGCUGCUCAUCCUCCUCUUCUGUAUCUGCUGCUGCCAGUGUUGCCCUCAGGCGUGCUGCUGCUAUGUGCGCUGCCCCUGCUGCCCACAGCAAUGCUGCUGUCCUGAAAAAGCCGUGAUGCAGCAUCGUAUGAUGAAGCAGGCUCAGAGAGCCAUGACGCCCUGGAUGGGAGGACAACCUGUGUACGGACCCAUGAGCCACGCCUCCUCCCAGAUGAACCCGCUGCUCUACCCAGGAUCAGUUUCAGGGAAGAGCAUGCCUCUGAAGGCUAUGCCUCUUCCUCCUCCUCAGUCCUCCGCUUACAGCAUGCCGCCGCCUCCCAGUAUCGGCACUCACACUCCUUCCAACACCAAUCACAUGCUCGAUUACCUGGAGAGCCAGGUGAGGGGGAUGGACAUGAACAGCCCUUUGUUACAGCCACCUGCCCCCCCACACAUGCAGCAGAUGCCACCUCCCACCCAGCACAUGCCUGGCCCAGUGCCAUUCUCCCCCGGCCCUCCCAGCAUGAUCUCUGCCCUCGACGAUGGCCCAGUUGACCGUCGUAUCAUCACACUCCCACCAAUCCGGGAGCAAAAGCCCCAAAACAGAAUGCCACCCUCCGCACCCAGGACACGCCCACCAAGCUCGAGUGAGAGCAGCCGCAGCGGCUUUGGUCGGCGCGAUGACCGAGGACCUCCGGGUCGGCGUUACCCGUCACCCCCAAGAUCUAGAGGAAUUCCCCGCAGCCACAGCCAAGAUUCACUGGAUGGGCGGAGUUACAAUGGGCCACGAGGAGGCAUGGACCGCCCCCGCUCCCGCUCCAGGGAUGACCUGUUUGACAGCAGGUCCAGAGGAAACUACUCUCCUCCCGCAUCCCGGCGCCCGAGACAAGAGUCGUGGAGCUCGGACGACGAGGACAGCAGCAGGAGAGGCGGAGCAGGAGGGAGGAGAAGAGGCGGAGGCUAUGGAGACAAACCUCCCAGCUACACCGAGUACGAACCCGGGCAGAAGCCGGGAGCACGGAGGAAUGAACGCUACACUGACAAGAGUUCUCGCAGUGGCACCAGUGUCGUCAUCUGAACCGUCCACCUGUGAAACGCCCUGUGACCUCAGGUCCAGAGAACACGCACGCCCUGUCUAGAACUGGGAGCCUUUGUCGUCUGGCCACCAUUUUAUAUAUUAAAUGAAUGAACGCAUGAAUGGAUGAAUCAAACUGUUUUAUUACCUUUUGAUAAGUGGAAAACUGGCUGAGGGUUUCAUACAGCACGAUAGUCAGAAUUGUAGUUUUAAUUCCCACCAAGUGUGAAAGUAGUAAGUAAAAAAGUCUAAUGUUAUGAAGGAAACCUAUAGUUUGUUCAUUUAGAUUUAUUGAUCUCAGAAAACCAAGUCUUGCCUGCUGAACUUUUUUUUUGGGACAACAUCGCCCUCCUCUGGUUCAUCAGUGUAAUGAAAGAAAAUCUAUGGCAACUUCAGUUGAAAGCCUCAGAUAAAUCUCCAUAAUCCAGAAACUUUGAUCAAAAGUCA